AUGGAGCCGCCGGCGCCUCCGCCCCCGCCGCCGCCGCAGCUGCACCUGCGGGUCCUGGACACCGUCAGGCUCUCGCCGGCGCCGCAGCCUCCGGCGUCGUCCCUGCCGCUCUCCGGCCUCGACGCCGACCGCAACGCCCUCGACGUCUCCUUCCGCACCGUCCGCUUCUUCCCCGCCCACCCGGUCUCCCUCGACCCGCUCGACGUCCUGCAGGCCGCGUUCGCCGACGCGCUCGGCCUCUUCCCGCAGCUCGCCGGCUCCCUCCUCCGCGACGACGGCCGCGUCGUGCUCUCCGGGGCCGGCGACGACGCCGUGACCCUCGUCCUCGCGGCGACGGAACUGUCGGUGGCCGACGUCGACGCGGACAGGCCGGACUCGCCGCUGCUCGACCGCCUCGCGCCGGGCGACGGCGGGCCGGCAGCGCUUGCGCUCCAGGUCACGCGGUUCACGUGCGGCGGCGUCGCGCUGGGGAUGCGGGUGGCGCACGCGCUCUGCGACGGCGCGGGCUCCACCAAGUUCCUCGUCGCCGCGGCGCGGUUCGCGCGGGGGCUGGAGCCGGAGGCCGCGGCGGAGCCGCUGUGGGACCGGCGGGAGCUCCUCGGCCCGAGGAACCCGCCGCGGGUGGUGACGCCGUUCGACGCCGUCCUCGUGACCGACGACGACGUCGCGCGGCUUGGCCCGUACGGCGCGGCGAGCGACGGACACGGACACGAGCGGCUCGCCAGGGAGUGCUUCCACGUCAGCGACGCGCGCGUGGAGGCGAUCAGGGCGCGGCUCGCCGCCGACGCCGGCGUCAAGUUCACGACCUUCGAGGUUCUCGCCGCCUUCAUCUGGCGCGCCAAGGUGAAGGCCAACCGAACCACCCCCGACGAGACCGUGAAGAUGGUGUACUCCAUGAACAUCAGCGGGCUCCUCGACCCGCCGCUGCCGGAUGGGUACUGGGGCAACGUGUGCGUGCCGGUGUACGUGGCGCUCCCGGCCGGCGACCUCGUCGGGCGGCCGCUGGCGGAGACGGCAUCCCAGGUCAGGAAGAGCAAGCGGGGGGUGGACGAGGAGUACGUGCGGUCCUACGUCGACCUGCAGGAGCUGCGGCGCGGGGAGGGCGGCGUCACGGCGGGGCGGCGCGGCGUGAGCGCGUUCACGGACUGGCGGCGGCUGGGGCACUCGGAGGUGGACUUCGGGUGGGGCGCGCCCGACGCCGUGCUGCCGCUCUCGUGGCGGCUGCUCGGGAGCACGCAGCCGUGCUUCCUGCUGCCGUACGGCGCCGGGGACGAGAGGCGGCGGCGAGGGUUCAAGGUGUUCGUCGCGGUGCCGGAGGAGGCGGUGCCCCGGUUCAGAGAGGAGAUGGACGAGAUACUGUGGCAGGACGAGCACACUGGCUGCACCUCAGUGGGGAAACUGUAAAUUUGGGGGUCGCUAGAAAUUCGUCCGGGAAUGUUUAUCUUCGCAGAUCUUCUGGCCCACGUUUGCACCGCGAGGUCCACGAGAAAUUGGGUAAAUUCCAUCAUGUCGUAUAUAUUGAAAUACAACUUUAGAGAUA